CGCUGGCGGGCCGUGAUGGCGGCGGGUGAUGGGGCCGUGAAGCCCGGCACCCUGGGGAGCGGCGGCGGGGACGGCGGCGGCGGCGGCGGGGACGGCGGCGGCGGGGACGGCGGCGGGAGCCCGGGCGCGGCGGGCGCGGGCGGCGGCUGGGCGGCGGCGGCGCCGGCGCUGCUGGCGGGGGGCGGGGAGACGCUGCUGAACGUGGCGCUGCUGGCGCUGGUGCUGCUGGGGGCCUACCGGCUGUGGGCGCGCUGGGGGCGCCGCGCGCGGGCCGCGGGCGCGGGCGCCGGCCCCGACGGCCCCGCCGCCGCGCUGCCCCGCAUGAAGAAGCGCGACUUCAGCCUGGAGCAGCUGCGCCAGUACGACGGGGCCCGCACGCCGCGCAUCCUGCUGGCCGUCAACGGGAAGGUCUUCGACGUGACCAAGGGCAGCAAGUUCUACGGCCCGGCUGGUCCAUAUGGGAUAUUUGCUGGUAGAGAUGCCUCCAGGGGCCUGGCCACAUUCUGCCUAGACAAGGAUGCUCUCAGAGAUGAGUAUGACGACCUUUCCGACUUGAAUGCAGUUCAAAUGGAGAGUGUUCGAGAAUGGGAAAUGCAGUUUAAAGAAAAAUAUGAUUAUGUAGGCAGACUUCUCAAACCAGGAGAAGAGCCUUCAGAAUAUACAGAUGAAGAAGAUACCAAGGAUCACAAUAAACAGGAUUGAACUUUGCAAACCACCAAAGUCAGGGGCCUUCAGAACUGCAGUUCUUACUCCCUUUCACAGAAUGUCCAGUGUCUCUGGAUUUGAUUCACCUGCUGCGAAAAAACAUUCAACCAAUUGUGUACAAGAGAAGUGAGUCUUGCUGUGAAGAUUUGAAAACCGGAUGUUGCCAAACCCCUUUGUUGCAGUUGUUUGUAAUGUCUGGUGGGGCUUCAUCAUCCUGAGAGAAAGACAGGGAUUUCUUAAAUGGCAAGAAGGUCGUGAGGCUAGGGCAUCUCACUCACUCUCCUCCUCCUCCCCCGCUCCUUCUCCCUCUAUCCUCUCUCCCUCUCAUCUGCCCCUCUCUCCCUCCAUUCUUGAAUUUGUCCUUUUUGUAAAAAAAAAAAAAAAAAAAAGUAUCAAAGACAGCCACAUAUGUAUUUGCUACUCAACUGUACAAAUCUCAAACAAAAAACAGCAAGGGACUCUUCUUUAACUGAUGUUUUUAUCAUUGAGGGACAGGAAGACCUGGCCAGGGAGGUGGAAGUUGCACAUCAGCUUGAGUGGUUCAGGCUACUGAAAUGUUAAAAUGUGAAUUCCCAAGCUUCUCUUUGGGCUUUGUCAAGGAGGGAUAAAAAAUAAAACUUAUUCCUAAGAAUCCAUUGGAAAUUAGAAUGGAUUUCAGGUGGAUUGAAAUCAAAGCAAUUCCCCAACAAGAUCAUUUGAGACUAGUUUUAUCCCUUCUGUUCUUUCCCCUAGGUCAAAUCAAUAUUAAUUGUGCCUUAUUUCACUUCCAUAAACUUGAAUUAUUUUUAGGGAAAGCCCCUAUGUGAAUUCCGAAGUCACUACAAGCAGGUUGAGACUGAGGUUGGAAUGUUCUGUUGACUGCAAAACCUUGAUGUCAUUCUGUGUAUAUAGAAUGUAAAAGGAUUAUUCAGUGUUAACUGCCAUACGUUAAUAUACACAAAUUUAAUUAGCAUUGUAAUGGCCAAAUGCAUUCCCCCUUGUGCUUUUCUCUUUUCCAAAAAAUCA